CCUCGUUAGAAUCCAAUGCCUGACCAGAUGCAAAGUUAGUUGCGAGGUCGGCGGCAUCCUCAAUUCGGUUGUUUUCAAGCAGAGCUUCAACUUGAGCGAUGACAGUCGAUUGAACCAGUGAAUGAAUAGUGUCCUGUCCGUAAACCAAAAUGGAAGAACGAGGGAAAGAACUGUGGUGCAUCCUGGCAGACUUGCCGGUGCUUGUAAAUACUGACGAGCUUUCAAUUCCUCCUUUAGAUUCAGAAGGUGGGACACAAAGUUAGUAGUCGAGCGCAGUCGAUAUUCAAGAUGAAGCCGUCCUGGCAAGCUUGCAGUGGUUAGAGCUGAUACUCAGUGAUAGAACCCGAUCGUUCAAUGAGUAUAUAAUUGCAGUGCUGAUGUAAGCACUUUAAUUGCUUCGUGACGAGGAUCGAGGGCAAACCAGAACGUCCACGACGCCAACAGUAGGCUCGCUGCCAUGCUCGACGAAGACACAAUAGACUGGUACGCGCUACAAGCUCAGAGUCUUCGCACAGGUGGGUUUGGAAAGGACAGAACACGUGUCUGGUGCGCGGAAUUACAACUGUUUAGUUUCGUUGAGCUGUUUAACUUGUUAUAUGCUCACAGGCCUGCCCUGCUCGGGGUCCACGCUCCGUCGGAACCCCCUCCGUAUACAGAGGUCUCUGCGGAAUCUUCUACAGAUGAUGCGCCCCAUCCUGACGAGCGUCAAGUACGUUUGGACACAGACCGGAGCUUUGUGAUGUAUCCCGCAGAAGACGACGACGACGAAAGUCGCAGAACUGUGUUGCAGACCUCUCUCAACAAUUUAAUCGUUUCCCUCCUCCGAAAGCGUCCGAAGUUACACUAUUUCCAAGGAUACCACGACAUUGUCACUGUUAUUUUUCUUACACUUCCACCAGAGCUUCAGCUCCCUUGUGUAGAACAACUUUCCCUCCAUCGGGUCAGGGACUCUAUGGGGCCUACGUUAGAGCCUGUAUUGGGACUUCUCAGGAUCUUGCGUAAUCUUUUGCGUAUUAUCGACCCAAAAUAUGCAAGGCUGCUCGAGAGGUACCUUUACGCAUUUUGUGCCUUUUUACACGUUGUUCAUUGUACGUUGCUCAAUAGCAUUGCGCCCCUACCGUUUCAUGCCCUAUCAAACCUUCUCACCCUCUUCUCACACGAAGUGCCCACCCUACCACUUAUUCAGCAUGUCUGGGAUUUUCUGCUCUGUCGAGAACCUUUGGCAGUGGUGUGGCUGGCUGCCGCUGUCAUUCUCGUUCGAAAACCUGAUGUUCUUAAAUUAGCCAUCGAAGGCGAGGAUGGCAUGAUACACUCAGUUUUGAGCGCUCUGCCUCCGCUCAGCGAUGGUUCUGAAACAACAGACAACGUUCCCUCCGAUCAGCAUACUCGAUCAGGAUCACCGGAUGAGGAAGACAAAGUCGCCUUCAGCGCAGAAGAGCCGAAGCAGCUCUCAGAGGCACCUGACGGGAACGCAAGAAACGAGUCGCCUAUAGGACAACAGCAAAUUAUUGACCCGAAACCGGUCUCCUGUUUGACAGAGAAUGGAGCGUCUCAGGAUACCACUGACGGUCAAGUCGUACGUGGAGAGAGCAGCAUGGCUGCUAAUGCCGACCACUCUGUUGAGCAUUUGGGCGUCCAACGAUCGGAAAAUUUACAUCCCGCGUUAUUCUCGGCUCAGCCUCAGGAAACUGAGGAAUGUGCGGCCACAGUUUCUUCAGAGACUCAUAUCGAUAACACUACCGACGUUGAUGCUGAUGCUGACUUCCCGACACCCCCAACAUCGUUACGUACAUCUCGUUCUAGUUUCCGCACUGCGUCCCGUUCGCCCUCACCACCACCUCCAAUUUCUCGCCAGGCUCCGAUUUCGCUUCCGUCUCUUCUAACACAUGCCGCACAGCUCCUUGAAGCUUAUCCACCCACCCUUCCGCAGCUUCGUGUUAAGGACAUACUUGGGCCCAAGAGCGUUGUACACACGUGGAGGCCUCCUCGAGAAGGUUUCUCCACACCAUCCGGCAAUGAACGUGAUGACGACGUAGAGGGCUGGGUAGGGAGCCCUGAUGUUGUCGUCCCGUUCAUAGAAGAUGAAGAUAUUGAGGAAAGCGAAACUGAACGAAAGACGAAGUCACGCAAAGGUCCCGCGACAAGGCACCGGAGAUUCAUUCUCCUUCAUCGCCUCCGUCUUCGUUUUGGACUGCUCACGUCUGCUGAGAAACGAGUCCUUCUGGUAGGUGCAGUCGCGGUAGUUGGCAUUGCCGUUGCCCUUCGGCACAACAGAGGCCUUGCGGACAUGCAGAAAGGGUGGAUAGCAUGGGUACGGGCAUUCGCCGGUGGAGUUUGAUUUAGAACUGCGGUAUGAACGGGACGAUGAGUAAGUACCAAAAUUAUCUCAGAAAGCGAUGAAUCACUUCAAUAUUGAUCAGUCUUCCUACAGAUAUUCGUGCGUCGUAAUUGCAUAUAAUUAUAGGACAGCUUGCAUUUUUAUGGAACGCUUAUUACUUCAAAUAUCAGAAUGCUUGAUUAUAGGCGGAUUAUCCUGAUAUGCGGGAACUCUGCUUUAUUUGAUCGAUUCCAAAGAACUGACAAUAUUCAUGGCUAGUGAUGCUGGGUCAGGCAUCCAUUUUCGAUCGUGGCUUCGUGGUUGUGAUCGAAAGCCCGUCCCGAGGAACUCGAUCGAUCAUGAUUAUAUCCCACACACCGAAGCCGUCUCACAUCUUUCAUAUGGAA